CCCAAAAGAGAUGCAAAAACACAAGUAUCACCAAACUCAACUCCAGAGGCUAGACUAGUGGCUUUCACAGAAUUCAUGACUGCAUCCAGUCAAGGCCACAUGGAUGUCAUAUUCAAGUACCUUAGUAAAGGAGGAAACCCUGAUGUCCAUGAUGAGUUAAAUAGGACAGCCUUACAUCUUGCCUGUCUAGAGGGACACCCCCCAGUCGUCUCAAUGCUUUUGGAACGAGGAGCAGAUAUCAACUUCCCGGACCGGCUGGGCUCCGUGGCCAUGCACUGGGCCUGCAGAGGGGGGAGUCUCAGGGUGGUCCAAGCGCUCACGAGCCAUGGGGCCGACCUCAAUGUCAAAGACAAGCUGUGGAGUACCCCUUUACAUGUGGCUACAAGAACGGGACAUGUGGUCAUCGUGGAGUACCUCUUGUCUUGUGGAGCAAAAGUCAAUGCCACAGACUGGGAAGGAGACACAGCUCUGCACGAUGCUGUGAGACUCAACAGAUACAAGAUUGUGAAGAUGCUCAUUCUUGCAGGUGCAGACGUAACCCAUCAGAAUAAUGAGGGGCUGACUGCAGUGCAGCAGGUCAAACAAUGGCAAUUUGACAUCUUGGAUACACUGCACCGACUUUUGAAGCCUUCAUCAUCUGGAAGUGCAGGUCAUCUCUGAUCUAACCUCAUGAUAGCAUUUUGUCUCAGGUGUAACUGCUG